AUGGGGAGCGAGCGGGGGCCCGCGCGGCCCCGCGGCCCCGGGAGCGCGCACGUGUCGGCUCGGCCGGGCGGGGCGGGGGAAUCCUCCGUGUCCCCCCUUGGACCCCGUUACCGGGAAGAUCCCCCCGUUCCUCCACACCCGAACUCCGUUACUGGGGGUGCGGGGGGCACCGGCUCCGGUCCAGAGCCACCGGCGGCCGCAGAGGUGCUGCCCCAGGCCCGGCCCCGUUCCCGGUUCCCCCGCGAGACCCUCCCGGACUCGCGCCGGCACCGGGCGGAGGCGGCGGCACUACCGGGGACCGCGGUGGAGACCGGGGAACUCCGAGGAGGGGGCGCAGGGGGUUCGUUCCCGGGCCUCAGGGCAGGAGGGAUCCCGCGGGGGGGUCCCCAGGGAUUCCCUAUGGAGGCACCGGAGCUCCGGGAGCUGGACGGGCUCUUCCCGGAUCCCCCCUCGCUCCCGGUGCCGGUGCUGGGCUUCCAGACCCUGACGCUCCCGGAGGAUGAUGGCAGCGGAGCCGAGGAGCUGCUGGGGCUCACGGUGAACCCCGACAUCGCCUGCGGCCUCGGCACCGGCCCGGAGCCCCCCCGGCCCGACGGGCCCUCCCCGGUGCUGCUGGAGGUGGUCUGUGACCUCAGCACUCCCCUGUACCCCUCGCUGUUCCCCGGCAUCGAGCUGGCCCCGAGACCCGAGCCCCUGGCCACGACCCCCCAGUCCAUCCCUGUCCCGCAGCUCCGGCUGACGGAGGAGGAGAAGCGGCUGCUGGCGCAGGAGGGGGUGACCCUGCCCGGGGAGCUGCCCCUCACCCAGGCCCAGGAGCGGCUCCUGAAGAAGGUGCGGAGGAAGAUCCGGAACAAGCAGUCGGCGCAGGACAGCCGGCGGAGGAAGAAGGAAUACCUGGACGGGCUGGAGAGCAGGGCGGCCGCGUGCUCGGCACUGAACCAGGAGCUGCGGAAAAAGGUCCAGGAGCUGGAGAAGAGCAACGGGUCCCUCCUGCGGCAGCUCCAGGCGCUCGUCAAGGAAACGUCCGCCAAGCCCGCCCAGACCGGCACCUGUGUCCUGCUCCUGUUCCUGUCGCUGGGGCUGAUCCUGCUCCCCAGCUCCAGCCCGUUCCGCGGGGGCGGCAGCCGGGACGGCCUCGGACCCACCGGAGUGAUCUCCAGGAACAUCCUGACGCGGCGGGAGCCGGGAGCGGCCGGAGAAUCCCCGUUCCCGGCGGGGAUGUGGGGGACAGAGCCCGGAUCCGGUCUGGAGGAUGGAGCCGGGGGGGGACCCGGGGAUGGGAUUCCUGCCCCCCAGGGGGAUCCAGAGACCAAUUCCUCCAGGCAGGACGUGGGGACAGGGACACGGGGACGUGGGGAUGAGAUGUGA